AAUUUCAUAGUUAUUCAUAUAAGUACCACUUGAACAUUGUUAGAGAUACGAUAGAGAAUUUGUGUGUGUAUCAAAGCAUUCAUAUCUAUGCUUGGUUUGACAGAAAAUCUUGUAAGACGAAUCAAAGAAUUUUUUUCAGUCACAGGUCUACCUUGUAAAGACAUGAGAGGACGUCAUAAAAACAGAAAGCAUGCUUUUUCUGCUGAAAACACUAAUAUGAUAGUGAACCAUAUCAAAUCAUUUCGAGGACGAUCUUCUCAUUAUGCUCGAACAAAAUCUACUAGACUUUACCUUCCAGAAGACUUAAAUAUUUUAAAAAUGUACUGCAUGUUUAAAGAAAAGUAUCCUUUAGAAAAGUGUGCCUAUGAAAGUUAUCGUAAAAUUUUUAAUUCAAAGUUUAACAUUUCAUUUGGAUAUCCUCGAAAAGACACUUGCUCAUUUUGUGAUUUAACAAAGAAAAAGAUAACUGCAAUAGAUUGUCAAGUACCUAGUGACUCUGUUGCUGCAAAUGAUUUGUUAUAUAAGAAAAAUGCUUUAAAUGCAUCUCUUGAACUUCAUCAGAGAAAGGCUGAAAUGUUUUACCAAAGAAAAAGAACUGCACGUUUACAAGCUCAGCAAACUUUGGAAUGUUCAGCAAUCUGCUUUGAUUUUCAAAAAAAUCUGAAAUGCCCAAACAUUUCAACUCAAGAUGUAUACUAUUCCAGGCAACUGUCAUUUUACUCUUUCAACAUUCAUAUUCUUUCUUCUCAAAAAGUACAUUUUUAUUGCUAUGAUGAAACCGUUGGCAACAAAAGCUCAGAUGAUGUAUGUUCUAUGCUUCAUGAUUUUUUUACGUUUCAUUUACCUGAAAAUGUAAAGCAUAUCAAAUUGUUUUGUGAUUCUUGUGAAUCUUGUGCAGGACAAAAUAAAAACAGGACAGUUUUGCGUUUCUUUUAUUAUCUAGUUCAUAAAGUAGAAAGAUUUGACAGCGUAACUCUUUCAUACCCUAUUAGAGGUCAUUCCUACAUGGAAUGUGACAGAGAUAUGGCUAUUAUUAAUCAAAAGUCUCCAGCAGAAACACCAGAAGAUUGGAGGAGUGUUUUUCGGGCAUCUCGAAAAAUACCAGAGCCUUUCAACAUUAUAAACAUGGCGCAAGAAAAGUUUUUGAAGUUUACAGAGUUUUUAAAGCCAUACUUUUUAGUUGUUUGUCCAUUUAAGACAUGUCCCAUCAGAGAAGUUGAAAUAUCAAAGGCUCAUUCUAACCUAAUUAUGUAUAGGGAAAACUGGAGCAGUAUGUUUAGUCUUAUGCGUGUUACAUCCCUUAGGUCUGAAUCAUGUUCUUGUUCAAUAAAAGGGAAAAGAUUGACCCUAAUCUAAUCAUGUCUUUGAAGUGCCUGAUAAGCCGAAACAAGCAUAUAUAGACCGAUGCCACUUUCUUGUGAAAAAUUCAAAGACUUACUAAAGCUAAAAAAUUUGUUAGUGAACAAAAUAAGUCUUUCUAUGAUCAGUUGCCAGUUGAUAACCUACUUGUCCAGGAUUCUGAACCAGAGCAAAUAUCUGACUCAGAGUAGGAGAAUGCAAAAAAUAAUAAUUAUUUAGAAAAAUGUAUUUCUGUAUGUUUAUAUAUAUAUUUUGUUGAAAAUAAAAAUAACGUUUAUUUUUAAUAAGGCUUCAUUUGGAACAGGGUGUUUAUC